UUUGCAGCAGGAGUGAAGCUGAAGCAGAGCAGGAGGAUGUUGCAGCGCUCGGCUGCUGAUAACUGAUCUCGAUAACUGAUCUCUGAAGAAAGAAAUGGCCAGAACACGGAUUUAGCUUCCUUUUUAACUUUCAGUCUGGAAAUGAUGUCGGUGAUUGCUUACCGAGCAAAUCUGCCUUGAUGCAGGCUGUUUGCUUAGACGCCGGUACGAUCUAAAGUGUGAGGACUCCUCAGACUGGGGGGGGGGGCAGUGUCAUCCGGCCUAGUGGAUUCAAUGGCCAAAGUUUCAUUGCAGCUGUGAUAUUAAAGGGACAGUCAGCACUGAGUGGGAUUCUCCUUCAUUGGCCGAACCGGUCAAGCAAAUCGCUGGUGGUCUGGAUUUCUCUAGCCAUUGGUACAUCCACUAAUAUGCAGCAAUCAGAUUGGUUACACCAUGGAUUUUCUCCUCUCGGGGGGAUUUAAUCGCGGGGAUAUUAAUAAAAGCUCUGGUGGAGAACAUUGCCAAGGUGGAGCGCCGCUAUGUAAAUCGCCUGGAUGCUUCGAUCUUCUGAUGAAACUAGCGAUUGCGUUCGUUUUUGCGAUUUGUCUCAUUGCUCCCAGCAGCAGUCAUGGUAAAGCGAGCGGCUGCUGUCCAUUUGCGGUGCCAGCGAUCUGUUGCAGCAGAGCUCCAGUGAUCCGGAUCGCACAUGUCAUGUAGAAGGACUGUGCUCGGCUGCGGCGCUUCCAGACAUUUAUCUGCGGAUGCGAUCGAGCUGAUCGAGAGGAAGUGGCGGUUCCUGCUGUGCUGGGUUUCUUUUUUUCUCGUCCAUCCUAUUCCCCCCGCACUGGAAGUCCUCCUGUAUCUAAAUGGAAUUAGUGGAGAUCGAAGCCCCUUGUGUAAGGAACAGACAUGAUCCAUGGGCGCAGUUUGUUUCACAUUGUAACAAGUCUAAUUAUUCUACAUGUAUCUUGGGCAACGAAAUCAGGAGAAGACAAACCGACCACCACAGAAGGGCAGAAUCUAGUAGAGUGUGGUUCUUGGACAAAACACUCAAAUGGAGGCACAUUCACAUCUCCCAACUACCCCAACAAGUACCCUCCUGACAGGGAGUGUGUCUACAUCAUAGAAGCGACCCCUAGACAAUGCAUCGAGCUGCGUUUUGAUGAAAAUUACUCCAUAGAAUCUUCAUGGGAAUGUAAAUUUGAUCACAUUGAAGUGAGAGAUGGACCAUUUGGCUUUUCUCCAAUCAUUGGGCGCUAUUGUGGACAACAAAGCCCACCUUUAAUAAAAUCAAGUGGAAGAUUCCUUUGGAUUAAAUUUUUUACUGAUGGUGAACUGCAAUCUUUGGGGUUUUCUGCACAAUAUAAUUUUACACCAGAUCCAGAUUUUAAAGACCUUGGAAUUAUAAAGCCUUUACCAGUUUGUGAAUUUGAAAUGGGGGGCCCAGAAGGAAUAAUUGAAUCCAUGCAAAUUGUGAAAGAGGGAAAGGCUUCAGCAAAUGAAGCAGUAGACUGCAAGUGGUAUAUACGUGCACCACCUCGCUCCAAGAUAUACUUGCGAUUUUUGGACUAUGAAAUGCAGAAUUCAAACGAGUGUAAAAGAAAUUUUGUGGCUGUGUAUGAUGGGAGUAGUUCUGUGGAAGACCUGAAAGCAAAGUUUUGCAGUACUGUUGCCAAUGAUGUGAUGCUUUCCACGGGACUUGGAGUAAUCCGAAUGUGGGCAGAUGAAGGCAGUCGAAAUAGUCGCUUUCAGAUGCUCUUCACAUCUUUUCAAGAACCUCCAUGUGAAGCAAAUUCAUUUUUUUGUCAUAGUAACAUGUGUAUUAAUAAUACAUUGGUCUGCAAUGGAAUUCAGAACUGUGUAUACCCGUGGGAUGAAAAUCACUGCAAAGAAAAAAGAAAAUCAAAUCUCUUGGACCAGCUUACCAAUACAAGUGGGACGGUGAUUGGAGUCUCCUCUUGCAUUGUUAUCAUCCUCAUUAUUAUAUCUGUUAUUGUACAGAUCAAGCAACCUCGUAAAAAAUUUGUCCAAAGGAAAACAGACUUUGAACAAACAGUGUUUCAGGAGGUGUUUGAGCCUCCUCACUAUGAGUUAUGCACUCUUAGAGGCACAGAGCCUACAGUUGACCUUGCAGAUGUUGCAGAUGAUUUUGAAAAUUAUCAUAAAUUACGGAGAUCAUCUUCAAAAUGCAUUAAUGACCAUCACUGUGGAUCCAGCAUCAAGGGCAGUCAUAGUAACCUGAGUACAAGAGAUGCAAGUUUAUUAUCAGAAACGCAAUGUCAGCCUGUAAAGCCGUUAAACAGGAGGAACAUCCUCGUUAUGAAGCAUAGCUAUUCCCAGGAUGCCGCAGACACAUGUGACAUUGACGAAAUCGAAGAUGUUCCCACUACAAGUCACAGGCUGUCCAGACAUGAAAAAGCUGUCCAGCGGUUCUGCCUCAUUGGGUCUCUAAGCAAACAUGAAACAGAAUACAACACAACUAGAGUAUGAAAAGAAAACUCAAGGAUGAACAUUUCUUAAAUAUUUAUUUUGCUUUCAGAGAAGAUCUCUUUUUACACCACUAGGAGACGAAUGAGUCUGUUCUAAAUUGUUAUACCCAUCUUUGAAAAAAAAAAAGAGACUGUUCUCUUCUCAUUCCACUUACUUGUUACAAAUGUAGGAUAAACAGAAAUUUCUACCCUCAACAUGAUGCUCCUGCUACUCAAUGACAUUUGUUGUAAUUUGGUUGCUGGCCACCAAGUGCUCCUUAGUUUUUAAAUACAUUUUGAAAUUUACUGGAUACUUGAAGAAGAAUCUAGUUAACUGAUUGCAAAUAUCCCAAGCGCUUGCUUUUGAAGACCGAAUUGUGCAUUUUGUUUUAGUUAGUGAACAUGGCAUGGAAGAUGAAGGGAAAUAUCACAGAACAAUUUCUUAUUCUGCAUUUGUACAUGCUUUUCCCAUUACUAACUACUUGAAAUUUCCUGGUUUAUAAAGUUGGUUAAAGAUCAAUUUCAAACAAUGGACACUGAUGUUAUUGAGAGGCUUUGCUAUUUGUUGAACAAUGCAGAAAAAAACAUUAUUGAAAAAGCGAAAUCGCAAUAAGAAAUGUGUGUUUUAUUGUCAUGCUGAAAAAACGUUGCAAUGUUUCAUUAGUAUGUUGUACGUCUUUUUUAAAUUCUCCAUCCCAUCAGCAGGUGUCAUUAUGUCAACAUGAGUAGGAUGGAUACUAUGUAAGGGGAAUGAUUGCCAAGCUUGUAACUUAAAAAGGAGGUGAAAGUUUUUGACUAUUAAAAUGUACAAAACAUGCAUUCUCAUUUGACAUCAUAACAGACAUUUUGUUUGCUUGCAUACUGUACUUUUUGAUAGAUUCAUGCAUAAAACAAUGAUUCAAUUUUUUUUUACAAUUAUUUCUAAAUUGAUGAUUUCAUUCCUUCUGCAAACUUAAUCUGAAGAUGAAAAUGGAAAACUUUAAGCAACCACUGAAUAGAUUUCUCUAUCACCGAAUAGAUUUAUUCGUUUAUUCGGUUUGGUUAUUUUAUACCUAGAGGCAGAUUUAUUAAGGGUCAAAUUUGAAUUUUCAAAGCAAUUUUGGUGUCAAAAUGCACACAUUCGAUUU